AUUUGGUGAAAAAGGAAAGUUGUUGUCAGCACCCCCACCACAAUUAUUAAAGGUUUUUAUUAUUUUUUUGGGUAAGCAUUGAGCAACAAUCACGAAAUUAUAAGAUAUCCUUUCACACGCGACAGAAAAAUACAUUAAACCACCGUAACAUAAGUGUUGAGAUUUUCCCUGUGUGGCGGACGGCCCUCCUCUUCUCUCCUUGUUUCCAUGAAAAAUUGAAAAGAAAAUAAAGGAUGACAACGAGCAAGGCGGGCACAGUAGGCGGAGCCCCAUCACAGCCUAGCCCUGAGUGUUGCAUGUGCGGAGAUUAUGGCUUUUCUUAUGAGCUUUUUCAGUGCAAGGUCUGCCAAUUCAGAUCUCAGCACAGAUAUUGCAGCAAUCUUUAUCCAAAGGCCGACUCCUACCGAGUCUGCAAUUGGUGUCUGAAUCAGAAGGACGACACACCAGAAAAAACCCAGAACUCAUCCAAUUCCUCAUCAUCAAACAAAAACAACGAAGAAAACGACGGCAGGAUUAAGAAAAAGAAGAUUGGCAGCGGCAGUCAUGCGAAGGCCCAAAGAGGCAGUUUGCAACUCCCAGUCAGCGGACCCAUCAAGAAACAAAAGUCGCCGGAGAGAUCGCCGACGACCCGGAAGAGGAUCAUCGCAAGCGGCUGCAUGGAGGAGAGGCUGACAAGGACAAAUUCAGAGGGCAGUGGGAUCACAAAACAUGUGUUCAGAAACAAGGUGAGAAGGUACAAGCUGUUGGAUGAGGUCUCCAGCUAAUCUUAAUCUUCAAUAAAACCAGCUUAUCUCCA